UAGCGGGGUGCCCAAUCGCGGCGCGUAAACUGAAAGUGUUGUUGUUACCGGCUAGCAGCUAACGGCUAACAGCUAGCCUUUUUAAAAGAGUCCUCCAAAGCUUAGUCGAACUUCUCAGGGAGUACCACAUCGCUCUUGACGAACCGUUCGGAAGUUGCCGUUACGUACCGCGGAAAUAUGACCUCUGCACUGCCUGAGCCGACACUCGAGCGUAAUUUCAAGGGUCACAAGGAUGCUGUGACGAGUGUGGACUUCAGCAGCAACAUGAAACAGAUUGCCACAAGUUCCACUGACUGCAGCGUGAUGAUCUGGAACAUGAAACCUCAGAGGCGUGCAUAUCGUUUUGACGGGCAUGAAGACUCUGUGACUUCCAUCCAAUUUUCUCCUUCGGGACACCUGGUAGCCUCCUGCUCCAAAGACAAGACUGUACGCCUUUGGGUGCCCAACAUGAAGGCUCAGUCAACCGUGUUCAAGGCUCACACGGCUACUGUGCGUAGUGUGAACUUCUCUGGGGAUGGUCAGGCUCUGGUCACAGCAUCCGAUGACAAGACAGUCAAGGUCUGGGCUGUCCAUCGACAAAAGUUCCUGUUCUCCCUCAAUCAGCACAUCAACUGGGUCCGCUGUGCCAGGUUUUCUCCAGAUAGCCGCUUGAUCAUUUCAUCAAGCGAUGACAAAACCAUUAAGCUCUGGGACAAGAACAGCAGGGAAUGUAUUCAUUCUUUCUACGAACAUGCAGGUUAUGCAAACCAUGUGGAUUUCCACCCAAGUGGAGCAUGCAUCGCGGCAGCCAGUACUGACAAUUCAGUGAAGGUGUGGGACAUUCGAUCCCUUAAGAUGUUGCAACAUUACCAAGUCCACAGUGGGGUGGUGAACAGUUUGUCUUUCCAUCCAUCUGGUAAUUUCCUCCUCAGCGCAUCUACCGAUUCCACAACCAAGAUAUUGGACCUCGUGGAAGGAAAACUGUUGUUUACACUGCACGGGCACCAGGGUCCAGUAAAUUGUGUGGCUUUUUCAAGAACAGGAGAGUACUUUGCUUCUGGGGGUUCUGAUGAACAGGUGAUGGUGUGGAAGAGCAACUUCGAUGAGAGCACUGAGACAGCCAGGGUGCAGCGGUCCACCUCUCGGACCAAUCAGACCUUGGAACCAGCCCAAACAGCUGCCAAAAUAGGUCGCGGUCACAGUGGAGCCAAGCAUCCCAACACCCACAAGAGCUCGAGCACCAGUUCCACCUCCACCAACGUAAAAAUCAACGGACAAGGUCAACAGUCCCUUGAAGCGCCCCAGACCCUGGAGGGGAGUACGCCCUAUAGUCUAACCAACACACUUGAACACAUUAUGGGUCAACUGGAUAUUCUCACCCAGACGGUGUCUUACUUGGAACAGCGGCUGACGCUGACGGAAGACAAGCUGAAGGAGUGUUUACAGAACCAGGUGGCGUCUCACACGCAAACGGUUCCAGACGAGACGAGCUGGUCGCCGGUCGCCCCAAAGUGAGGCUCGUCGCUUGGUGAUCCAACUCGUCUACGCAGAGACAAAUGUUGCAGAGGUGGUUGCUUGCGAGCAUUACAGACAGAGCGUCUCUUUUCUGCUGAUUGUAAUUUUCAGUAGGCGACAUUUUCAUACUUGGAUAUGCGAAGCACGUCUGUUCUUUUUUUUUUUGUAAACUUUGACAACAAUGCAACCAUCAAAGUUGUUGCUUCAUUUUUUUUUUUUUUUGAGGUUGUCUCAUCUCAUUUUUUAGUCAUUUCUGUCUUAUUCCGCAUUGCUGACUGCAUUCAUAUUUUUUUUCUUUUCUAUUGUACAAAAGUCAUAUUUGCAUUUUUUGAGUCUAUAAAGAGUUCCCAGGUGUGUUAACAUGCCAGUGAAAUACUUUUGUCCCCCCCAAAAUAGAAUUAUAAAUUAUAAUUAUAAUAAUUAUGUAAUGGCAUGGUGAAUCAGCUGGUAAAGCGUUGGCCUCACAGUUCUGAGGUCCCGGGUUCAAUCUCGGACCCGCUUGUGUCGAGUUUGCAUGUUCUCUCCGCGCCUACGUGGGUUUCCUCCGGGCACUCUGAUUUCCUCCCGCAUCCCAAAAACAUGCGACAUUAAUUGGACACUCCAAAUUUCCCCUGGCUGUGAUUGUAAGUGGGGCUGUUUGUCUCAAUGUGCCCUGCGAUUGGCUGGCGACCAGUUCAGGUUGUAGCCCGCCUCCUGCCCAUUGACAGCUGGGAUAGGCUUCAGCACUCCCCGCCACCCUUGUGAGGAUAAGCGGCAAAGAAAAUUGGUGGAUGGAUAAUUAUAUUCUAUAUAAUUAUAAUAUCCAUCCAUCCAUCCAUUUUCUUCACUGCUUAUCCUCACGAGGGCCACGGGGAGUGCUAGAGCCCAGGUGUCAACAGGCAAUAAUUAUAAUACAGUAAUUAUAAUUCAUAUUAUAAUGAUAUCCCUUGAUAUCGCUGUUAAAACAGACAUCCCCUGCUCAUGCAAGUGAUCGACAAUAUACCUCGGCCCGUUUUGCUCGACGGUCAAUGGCGAGUCAGGCUUUUGUUCCAGUGUUGACUUGAACAGAGCGAGUGCCAAUAAAGGCCGUAAAAUUAUUUUUACUCAUGGAAGUAACCUUUCGUACAGUAUUUUUUUAUGAGGGAUAAAAAAAAAAACACCUAUUUUCCAUUUGCCCUAUUUAAAUCUCAAGGACCGGUUUGUAUAUUUCUGUUGGUUUUCUCCAAUUUGACAGCUAUUAAUUAUUGUGGCCAAACCAUCUG